GAGCACCGCCUCCCGGCAGCGUCCUGACGCUCGCUCGGGAGCACGUGACGCCCGCGGGACAAGGCGCCUCGUUGUCACGCGCACACAGCACAGCAGGGGCCAAUCCAAUGGCAGCGCACAGAGGUCAAGCGGGCGCGCGCCGGAGGAUAGGAGCCGAGAGGGGACACGAAAAAGACGCCGGGCGGCGCCAAGAAUAAAAGCGCAUCACGUGGUGUCAGCAUGGCUGGGGAUGAAGAGGAGGCUGCGGCAGGAGCGGCGGCCGAGUGUGUACAGAGCCGGCGGUUGCCUGUGCGGGGCCUCAUGGGGGAGUCGAGACCCCCCGCGGACUGUGCCAAGCGCUUCAUCUGCUCCUUCCCCGACUGCGAGGCCACGUUCAGCAAGGCCUGGAGGCUGAACGCGCACCUCUGCCGGCACACGGGGGAGAGACCAUUUGUUUGCAAUUAUAAUGGUUGUGGUAAAGGUUUCACCAGAGACUUCCAUCUUACCCGUCACUUUCUUACGCACAGUGGAGAAAAACCAUUUGAGUGCACAGCUGAUGGCUGUAAUCAAAAAUUUACAACAAAAUCAAAUUUAAAGAAGCAUGUUGAACGCAAGCAUGAAAAUCAGCAAAAGCAGUAUGUGUGUGACUUUGAAGGUUGUAGCAAGUCAUUUAGAAAACAUCAGCAGCUAAAAGUUCAUCAUUGUCAACACACCAGUGAACCUUUUUUCAAAUGUAGUCAUGAAGCAUGUGGAAAACAUUUUCCUACUCCAAGUAGACUAAAACGGCAUGAGAAGAUACAUGAAGGAUAUGUGUGCAAAAAAGACAACUGUUCAUUUGUUGGGAAAACAUGGACAGAACAUCUAAAACAUCUGAAGGACAGUCAUGCAGAGCCAGUAAUCUGUGGUGUAUGUUCCAAAACAUUCAAACGCAAAGAUUACCUUCGACAACAUCAGAAAACACAUGCUGAAGAAAGAGAAGUAUGUCGAUGCCCAAGAGAAGGCUGUGGGAGAACUUACACAACUGUGUUCAAUCUUCAGAGCCAUAUUCUUUCAUUUCAUGAGGAGAAAAAACCAUUUUUUUGUGAUUAUGCUGGCUGUGGAAAAGUGUUUGCAAUGAAACAAAGUCUUGCAAGGCAUGCUGUUGUACAUGAUCCUGACAAGGGAAAGCUGAACUUAAAAGCAAAACAAACUCGUCCUAAACGAAGUCUGGCCUCUCGUCUGAGUGGAUAUAUUCCUCUUAAAGCACAGCGCCGAAAGGUUGAAGCGGCAACAGAAAAUAAGGCUCUGAAUAAACCUGCAGAAAAUGAGUUACCAACUGUUGAAACACUGACUCUGCACUAGAGACUUCUGGAGAUGACAACUUCAGCCAGAAUUGACAAUUGUUUUAUUAUCACAUGGGUCAGUUUAUAAUGGCUUAUGUAGAAAACUGAAUAUUUUGUUUUAUAGUCAAUUCAAGUGUUUGGUUAAAAUCA